AUGCAGUCGGUGAAGAGCUUCCUCUGGGGCCCUACUCCCGAGGAGCAGAGGAGAAAAUGUAACGCUCUAGUGCGCCAACAAUCACGCCAACUCGACCGCGAGAUCAUGAAGUUGAAGCAACUCGAGGGCAAGACAAAGACCUUCAUCACCCAAGCCGCCAAACGUGCCCAGCGCAACCCGUCGCAAGCGACCCAGGCCGCCCAGGAGACUCGUACCUUUGCCCGUGAGCUCAUCAGGGCUCGCAAACAAACUGCGAGGUUGACUACUAGUCAAGCGCAACUGCAGAGUGUGGGCUUCCAGAUCAACGAGGCCUUCCAGGUACGGAAGAUCGAGGGAAGCAUCAAAGCAAGUGUUGGCAUCAUGAAGGACGUCAACAACUUGGUCCGCAUGCCCGAAUUGACAGGAUCCAUGCGAGAACUGAGCCAGGAGUUGAUGAAGGCGGGCGUCAUUGAAGAGAUGGUGGGAGACAGCCUGCCUGACAACGAACUAUUGGAAGACGAGGAUGAAGAGGCGGAGAGUGAGGUUGACAAGGUCCUCAGCGAGGUGCUCAAGGACAAACUACCCGCCACCGAACAAGCUCUGGACCUUCCACCUGUCCAAGCAACAGAGCCCGAAGAGGAAGAAGAUCAAGAGGAGCUGCUGGCCCAAAUGAGAGGGCGUCUCGAGGCUCUCAAGAGCUAG